AGGACCGCUGGGAACUGACAUCCAACUCCUCUGGGCUUCAGGGCGGAGAUAGUUUUUUUUUUCUUGCUUUCGUUCAUUGAUGCCAUUUAAUCUUCGGACACAGGAUUGUUUCUGGAAGUUACCACUGUAAAGACAACCGAGUUUCCCUAAAAAGUACCAAGAUAACCAGCAGCUGCAGGACGAAACACGUUUGACUUUGAAGGGAUUAUAAUGAAGACAAAAUGAUGGAUAUUUGGUGUAGGGUGGAUGAUGAAGAAAGGGUUUUAUUCUUCCACUGGACACCUGUUCUUCUGAUGCCACAACGAGCUGCUAGUCAUCAGUGAUCAUUUGACGAACUUUUUUUGUGCAUCUCGAGCUUGUAACAUUUUCACGCCUACCUCUGGUUAUUUUGGAAGUUAACUUUAUUGACUUAACCUAUCAGAAGGAGUAGAGAGGGAUUAGCUCCAAACUUCUACCGCAUUUCAUUCAGGAGUUUGAUCAUCUUUACGCGCACGGCACGCUCUUUCAUCGGUGUCUUAUUGGUGACCACAGCUCUCCCGAGUGAUGUUUGUGGGCUCCCGAGAACAGGGAGCGACAGCCCGGCUCCUGCAGUGGAUCUCCGCCUCGUCCUGGUGCCCAUGCAGCGGAUCUGAGAGGAGAUGAGAGCUGCGGUGUACCACCUCCUCGCCGGCUGUCUCUGCCUGUUACGCACCGCUGCUGAGGAGUCCUCUCUCCCCCGGGAGCUGCUGGAGCGGCUCUCCCGCAGCGAGAUCCGCAGCAUCAGCGACCUCCAGCGGCUGCUAGAGAUAGACUCCGUAGAGAACGAGGUGAUCCAGGAGACCAAACACAGCUACCACAAGGACUUCUCUCACAGCUUCUCUGACCUGAAGAGAGAACACGUUCACACCAGACACAGGAGGAGCACCGUAGUAGAAGAGGCCUUACCUGCAUCCUGUAAGGUGCGGACAGCGAUUUAUGAGAUCCCUAGGAGUCAGGUGGAUCCCACCUCUGCUAACUUUAUCAUCUGGCCGCCCUGCGUGGAGGUGAAACGCUGCACCGGCUGCUGCAACACCAGCAACAUGAGAUGUCAGGCGGCCCGAAAGCACCACCGCACAGUCAAGGUGGCGAAGGUGGAGUACAUACGAAGGCGUCCAAAGCUGAGGGAGGUUCAGGUGAAGUUAGAGGAUCACCUGGAGUGUGUAUGCACCAACAAACGUCACAGCAACCCCAACUCAAACACAGACAACGGCAUCAGGUGAAGAGGAAUGGAUGGAAGAAGAACAGAAGAACAGAAAGAGAAGGAUGACCAGAAUCAAGAUCAAAAAGAUGGAGCCUCAGUCUCUUCACGUCUUCUUUACAACACCACCCGUCCAGUGACUCUGAAAGGUUUGAUGGGAGUUUAUUUUUGACCGUGACAUUCAGGAGAUUUAUCGGACAAUGACUGACUUUCAUGGACCUCAUUUAUACUUUUAAAAAGUUUACAAAAAACUGAGUGAAACCACCCAAACACAGAUGCUGAUACUGGCGGAAGUGAGGUGCAUCCUGGGAUAUCAAAGGACUUCUUAUCUGCGUCUUGUGUGGUUGUAUAAACGGCUCAGAGACUCGGAUUAAUAACUGGGUGGAAUCCUUUCUAGAAACUGUGACUGGGAUUAGAUUUUUUUUACUCCAAGAUUUACUCUUCCUCGGCGAAACACUCACACAUGCACGUAUAUCCUCUUAUUUUUAUAACCUCUCAUUUUUUAUCACUGUCUGUUUCUA